AUGGAUUACAUAUCGGACGACCCCUCCGCUGCUAACUUUCCUGGUACGAUCUCACACGUCCUUGCUGCUGCUGCUGCUGGCGGCUGGCUGCGUCACUCCCCUCGCGGAAACCCCCCAGUCUCCCCUCCACUCCCCUUUCGCCGCUGCCUUCCCGCUGCCUUCCUCAUCCCUGCAGCGAAUGUGCCGCCUUAUCGACACUCUCCAUCUGCCACCCUGUCGUAUCACAUCCUGCUCCCCCGUCCCUUCCGUGCAGGCCCGCCGCGCGUGUCCGCCAACUCGUGCGCGCGCCCAUGCAAGGUGCCGAACCCGCCGAUCAUCAUCAACGUGGGGUUCGAGCGCGACAUUCUGCGCCGCGCCACGCUCCCAAACGACACGCUUGUGAUCAUGCUGCUGUGGAGCAACGUGCGCCUGACACGUGGACUGGUGUUCGGCGCCAACUUUUCGUGCACCAUCUUCAACGCCACGCGCCCCGGCAGGCUCACCAUCUCCCUGCCCAACACUGCCACGCCAGUGUUGGAGCUGUUCAACACGCACAACGUGCUCGUGCACGGCAUCAACUUCCACAUCCCCGUCACCGACGCUGAAACCACCAUCUGCCGCUUCCCCAACAUCGACCAGGUGCGAGACAUCUACAUCGGCCGCUACGCCUGCCCUGCCAUCUUCCUCUUCCGCGUCUUUGCCGUGCAAGUCACACAGGGCACGGUGUUCGGACGCAUUGACGUCAUGCGCGCGGCGUACUCGCGAAUUGACAACAUGCGAGUCACUGUGAAUCCCGCCAACUGGCCGGCUGCUAUCCGUGUGUCGUACUCUGGGCAUGGCCCCACGCUGCAGCGGUCCAAUGUGUGGAUUACAAACAACGAGCUGUUUUCCGGAGGGGAGGGGCGGGAGCAGGCGCAGCGGGCGCGCGUGGGGAUAAUGAUCCUGUGGGGCGGCGUGGGGGUGAACGUGAUGAAUAACCGCCUGCACGACUUUACCCUCGCUGGGAUUCAGAUGGGCCAUGGAAUGAACAACGUCGGCGAUGCCAUGCUCACCAAAGUGGCUUACAAUGAGAUUCGGCACGACUUUGGGGAGACAGGGGCAAACACGCGGCUGGACAACAGUGGGAUUUACUUUGACACGCACUGGGUGAACCCUGGGAACUACCUGCGGUGCAACUAUGUGUACCGCGGGGGGCACUGCCUGUACAUCGACUGGGUGUCCAGUGGGGUCAUCUCGGAUGGGCUUGUGUGCGACCAGACAGCUGAUGGGCUCAAGCUCAACUCUGGAAAGAACAAUAUGAUAUUGGGCAUGGUGAUGAUCAACACGACGCAGUUCUCAGUGGGGUACAUCUCGUGCCAGAACAACCACCUCAACAACUGUGACAACUACGCCGGCCCCAACUGGAACCGCCUCCUCAAAACCUACUUCCAGACGCCCGAGAUCCGAUGGAAUUAUCCAUAUCUGACCAACUUUUGUGGGAAGAACCGCAUCAAUGGCAUUGACUGCAACAACGGCACAGAUGCUGCUCACAGCCGCGCGGUCACAUCUGGAUGCAGCGGGCUGCCCACUGAAAACUACGCAGAGCUAGUUUCUGCCACCCCGUCAGGCUCUCCAAAAUAUGUCAUCUACAUGCCCAACUGUGCGCCGUUCCCCUCCGUGCCUGCUCUCAACCGCAUGCGGUAUUUCGCCACGAGCAUUGACAAGGCAGGGUUCAGGGACCCUAAGAAUGGGGAUUAUGGGCUGAGGAGCAACUCCGAGGGCUCCCUCUCAAUGCAGCUGCCAUCAACACCCAUCCCACCUCAAGCCUUCUUCCUCGUCGCGGCUUUCCAUCCCCCCUCCAUCCUCUCCCAUCCACCCGCUCUCCAAUACCUCUCCCAUCCCCCUCUACCAUCCUCCCUCCCAUCCCACCUGUCCCGUCUCGCUUCCCAUCCCAUCUGUCCCAUCCCUCAUCUGCCAUCCCCCCCUUCCCAUCCCCCAUUACCCUCCCCCUCCCAUCCAACCUUUCCCUCCCCCUCUUACAGCCUUCCCCUGUCGCAGCCAUUCCCUUCAAUUCCUCCUCCCCCGUCCACCCUCCCGCAUCCCUCCGCACUCUUCCACCCUCUCCCAUCCCCAUCCCCUGCCCCCUCUCCCCCACGCCGCGGUGCGCAGGAUCUGUGCGUGUUGCUAUUCACCUCCAGCCGCGAUCCAGGCAUAGUCCCGCGCAACACGCAGCCCCCCGAGCCCGACGGUGACGUGGAGGCGCCGCGCCCGGGGGGGCGGCGGCUACCGCGGACGAAGGACGUGGUGAUAAAGGGCAAGACGGUGAAGGUCAAAUACUGCGACACGUGCAUGUUGUACCGGCCGCCGCGGUGUUCGCACUGCAGCAUCUGCAACAACUGCGUGGAGAGAUUCGACCACCACUGCCCGUGGGUGGGCCAGUGCAUCGGCAAGCGCAACUACCGCUUCUUCUUCCUCUUCGUGUGCUCCACCACGGCGCUCUGCAUCUACGUCUUCUCGCUCUCCGCCUACCUCAUCAAGGUGUUGAUGGACAAUGCGUAUGAGCCGGGGGGGGAGACGCGCACGGUGUGGCAGGCGCUGGGGCAGGCGCCCAUGGCGGCUGUGCUCAUGGCGUACACCUUCCUCGCUGUGUGGUUCGUGGGGGGGCUCUCCGCCUUCCACCUCUACCUCAUGAGCACUAACCAGACAACGUAUGAGAACUUCCGAUACCGGUACGACAAGAAGGCGAACCCCAACAACCGCGGCAUCAUGCGCAACGUGUACGAGGCGCUCUGCUCGCCCAUCCCGCCCUCCCGCAACCACUUCCGCGCCGACAUCCCCGACCCCUCCGCCCCCCAGCCCCCCGCCGCCCCCUCCGACCCCCAACAGCCCGAGCUCUCCGCUGCCAUCCCCCCUGCGCGGCGUCACAGCAAGGGGUCUAGGCCUGGGUCUAGAGGGUCGUCUGGGGGGAGGUCUCCUGCGCAGCGAGGGGGGAAGUCGCCGGCGCAGCGGGAGUAUGAUUUGGUGGAGGUGACUAAAUUGAGGGAGGACGAGGGCGGGCACAUGGCAGAUCAGAUCGUGGAGGCGGGCGGCGUGAUGCCGGCCGGGGCGGGGGUGGCUCGGUCGGGGUCGAGAGACGGGUCCGGGCGGGAGGGAGGGGGGAGUGGGCGGAAAGGGGGGAAGAAGAAGUCGCAUAGUGGGAAGCUGAGGGAGAAGGGGGAGGGGCGGAAGGGGAAGCAUAGAGAUAGAGGAGAGGGGGAUGGGGUGGGGGAGGGAGUGGAGGGGGCAGUGGGGGUAGGGGAUGUGGUGGGAGGAGGGGGAGGGAUGGGGGGGCAAGUGGCGGUGGAUGUGCAAGGGCAGGAGUAUGUGCAGCGGCGGUACAGCCCCGUGCCACACGUUCCUCCAGACGGGCUCUAG